AUGGGUAAGGGAGGAGAUUUUAGCCAAAUUCACGUCCUGGUAUUGCCUCUCCUUACUCAAGGCCACAUCAACCCGGUGCUACAAUUCGCAAAACGCCUGGCUUCCAAAGGACUCCAAGUUUCACUCAUCACCUUCUGUGGUAACAAAUCCUUGGAAAUCAGAGACAACAGUUCCGUCAAGCUCGAGCCUGUUUUCGACGACCUUGGAGCCGAUAGCGUUAUGGAGAAAAGCAUCGACGAUUACCUCGACCGCCUCGAAGCCGUUGUCACCUUUAGAUUACCACAAAUCAUCGAUAAACUCGGCAUGUCCAAGUCUGAAAACACAGCGAGUUGCCUCGUUUAUGACUCGGCUUUACCAUGGGCGCUGGAUAUAGCAAAGCAACAAGGCGUUUAUGGAGCUGAGUUCUUCACUUUUUCUUGUGCUGUGAGUACAAUCUACUACAAUCUCCACGAAGGGUUGCUUAAGGUUCCCAUUGUUGAGCCUUGUACGUUCAUGGCGGGCUUGCCUUUGCUUCGACCACACGACUUGCCAUCUUUCAUUUCUGACAUAGGAGCUUAUCCCACAUUAACGCACCUUUUGACAAAUCAGUUCUCCAGCUUCAAGAAAGCCGACUGGGUUUUCUUUAAUACGUUCACUAGCUUGGAAAAUGAGGUAAUUAACUGGAUGGCGUACCAGAGGCCAAUCAAGACAAUCGGACCCACGGUUCCGUCCAAAUACCUAGAAAACCGAGUUGAUGACGAUGACGAUUACGGCGUUCACUUAUUCAAGCCCGAGAUAGACAUUUGUGCCAACUGGUUGAACUCUAAGAAAACCGGUUCAGUCGUUUACGUAUCAUUUGAAAGCUUGGCAGCCCCAGGAGAGGAUCAAAUGGAGGAGUUAGCAAUGGGUUUAAAGAGAAGCGGAAGGAACUUCUUAUGGGUUGUCAGAGAAUCUGAACAGAAAAAGAUUCCGGCCAACUUCAUAGAAGAAACUUCAGAGAAAGGGCUUGUAGUUUCAUGGAGUCCUCAACUGGAAGUGCUGGGUCAUAAAGCGGUGGGCUGCUUUAUGAGUCACUGCGGUUGGAACUCGAUGAUGGAAGCAUUGAGUUUGGGGGUGCCUAUGGUGGCGCCGCCGCACUGGACGGAUCAAACGACGAAUGCUAAAUUCAUUGCCGAUGUAUGGCGUGUGGGAAUCAGAGCGGAGAUUGAUGGAGAAGGAAUCAUCGGCAAAGAAGAGAUAGAGAGAUGUAUAAGGGAAGUCAUGGAUGGAGAUCAAAGUGAAGAAAUGAAAAGGAAUGCAAUGAAUUGGAAGAAAUCGGCAACAGACGCGGUGAGUGAAGGCGGAAGCUCAGAAAACAACAUAAUUGAAUUUAUAGCUCAACUUACAUGCAAUAACCAUAUUUCCAAACCCCAAGCUUAGCUUUGCAAUAACUAUA